AUGAGGGUUGGAACCUGUUUCCUUGCAUUGCUCUCAUUGGCAUUGCUUCUUCUUCCUCCACCUGGUGCUGGAUUUUCAUCACGCGCCCUUGAUGCUGUUCUUCAAGAUUGUGCCUUCAAGGCACUUCAGAGGCCAAAAACUGGGGUGUCUUAUGAUUCUGAAGUAGUACCUUCUAACCUAACAGGGGUUAGAGUUUCAGCAAUGAGGCUCAGGAGUGGUAGUAUGAGAGCUAGAGGUGUUGAGAGCUACAAAGAAUUUCAGAUCCCAAUUGGGGUUGUUGAACAGCCUUAUGUGAAAAGGCUUGUUUUGGUGUACCACAAUUUGGGUAAUUGGUCUGAGGAUUUUUACCCUUUGCCUGGUUACUCUUAUUUGGCUCCUGUUUUGGGUUUAUUAUCUUACAGUGGUGCCAAUUUGACUGCUUCUGAGUUGCCAGAGUUGGAUAUAAGAGCUUCUGAUAAGCCAAUUAUGAUUAGGUUCCCUGAUGUGAAACCAGCACCAUAUGGAUCUGUUCCCAAAUGUGUGUACUUUGAUCUUCAUGGUUCAGUGCAGUUUGAUAUCCUGUUACCAGGAAACAUGUGUUUCUCAUACCAUCAAGGGCACUUCUCCAUUGUUGUGGAAUCUGAUGAUAAUGCCCCAUCCCCAGCACCUGCUUUUGCAGCUCAUAUUAUGAAAACUGGUGGGAAGAACAAGUCCAAGGUGUGGAUAAUUGUUGGAUCUUUGGUUGGUGGGUGUUUGUUGUUGGUUCUAUUGAGUGUAUUGGUUGUUAGGGUGAGAAGGGCCAAGCGAAGGAUGAAGAUUCAGGAGUUGGAAUGGGGAGCUGAUAGCAAUGAAACAUUGUUCAUGGCAUCAAUUGGAAGCACCAAAGCACCAUUAGCAUUGGGAACUCGUACAAGGCCAACUAUAGAAAAUGAUUACAUUGCUUAG